GUAUUCUGGGAAUCGUCAAGUAGAUAAUAAAUAAUCUGAUGGAGUGGAUGAAUAUAAGACAGUUAACUAGAAACUUGAAAUUAUUAAUUAAACACAAACAAAAAAAAACACAUGGCUAUAUUGGCGCUUCUUCUUCUAACUGCAACUGCCUCAGCAGUGGCGGCGACCAACAGGAUCGUCGGCGGAGCGGACGCCAGCAUCGAGACUUAUCCGGCUAUAGUGCAGAUUGAGUACCUCAACUCCACGACUUGGAGUCAUGGUUGCGGCGGCAACAUCCUCAGCCCGACAUAUGUCCUAACUGCCGCUCACUGCGUCGACGAGGAUGAUCCCAUGCGUAUCCGCGCUGGAACCUCCUACCGUGAGACCGGCGGCACCGUCAUCAAUGUCGAAUCCUACCUCAUCCACCCUGACUACAAUAAGUUCGUCUUCCUCGACGCUGACAUCGCUUUGCUGCGCCUGGAGCAAGCCCUAGUCUAUGGUCCAAGCAUCCAGCCGGUAGCCAUCUACGCUCAGGGUAUUGAGGUGCCGGGUAACUCUGCAGUGGUCUUUGCCGGUUGGGGAGAUACUCAGCCCGAUGGCGAGCCAUCUACGAUAUUGCAAGACGUGACCGUAUAUACUGUGAGCUACGAGCAAUGUCGUCGUAUAUACGGUAGAGAGGUCACACACAACAUGCUAUGUGCAGGCGUCUUGGGAGUGGGCGGCAAAGGCGUGUGUUUCAGAGACUCCGGUGGCCCACUGUACUAUGGAAAUGUACUGGUAGGACUUCCGUCUUGGCAUUUAGGGUGUGCCAGUAAGAGGUACCCGGGAGUUAAUACCAAAGUGUCUGCGUUUACUGACUGGAUCGUGGCUAAUGCGGUGUAGUUUUGUUGCUCGGAUGAUUAAAUCGGUGGUUGUUUAAUA